CAAGAUUUCGUUUUUUGUGUUUCUUACUAUUUUUAACGUAAGUAUUGAAAUAAUUCAUAUAACUUUCAUGUAAUUUGAUAAACAAGUAUUAAUAGUCUGGUUAUUUUUAAUCCAUCUCGGUGAAUGAACGAACUAAGAUUAAUAAUAAUUGUAAAUUUGUUUAUCAACACAUUAAUAUCCAAACACUUUUUCACACCAAAAAUAAACAAGGAUAAACACCUCCGCGUCUAGGUAUUAAUAGUUAUGGUUAUUAACUGCUUGUCGCUGAUAUGCUUGGGUAUUGGUCACUAUUCAAAACGUCCUUGUGAGCAGCAAACAAAUUUGCCAUUAAAUGUGAAAUUAUAAUAAAGUUGUUAAACAACUUUCAUCACAGCCUCAUCUCAAUCAACCGAUAGCAUGGUUAAUAUUAUCACUUGACUCAGGCCAUUUCAUUCAGAACAUUUAAACUCCGCCUUCAAUUCCUGGCAAUAUAUUAACCAUCAACUUUAGACCCUCAAUCAAUUUGCGAUUCAACCACAGCAAAGAAAUAUCUUCAUCGAAGUAAUAUUGUCAUAAUUUUCAUCUUACCAUUCAACUUGAUACUUAAUCAAUCAAAAUGAAUUUCUUGUUAAUUGUUGCCUGUUUUUCACUUUCAUCAGCUGCUUACGGACUCGAGCCACCGAGAAAACCAUGUGAAAAGGUUGAACAACAUUCUGAUCUAGUCAGCGUUGUGUCCUACAACAAUGCUAAUGCAACUUCAUGGCAAGCUACACCAGGAAAAGCAAUGAAAGUUGAUUUCAUUUUCACUGCGAAGGAAAAUAUUGGUAAAAUUGAACAAGCAAUUUAUGCUAUUUUGGAUCCAAAAGGUGGUCCUGGAGGGAAACCUCUUGAAGUAUCUUACGAUAAGGCUGAAGAUGCCUGUAAAUUCAUCAAUUCAACUUCAUGUGUAACUGAAGGAAUCAAGAAAAAUAAACCUUACAAAAUGUCAUUAUCUUUUGAUGUUCCAGUUUCAGUGCCAAAGAUUGCUCUUGAAGUGAGAUUUGUUGUUAGAGAAUCCGUCAAUAGCAAAAGAUUAAAUCGACUCCAAAGAAUGAAUUGGCUCAAACAUCCCGGUAAAAUUUUACUUUGUUAUCGACUUCCAGUUCAAGUCAUCUAAUUCUGAUAAUUAAUUUAUUCGUUGAUUGGUUCAGCAUUCAUCAUUUGAAGCUAUUUAUUUUCAUUUCUCAUUCUCCGUCAAUUAGAUAUAUCCAAUUUAUAUUAAAAUUAUAUCUAAUAGAUUAAAAAAUUUUCAAUAAAUUGCUUUUAAAAGUCAAA